AUGUUUGGACUUUUUCUUUUGAUUUUAUUCACCCCUGGAGUCAGUGAAUUUCUUUGUACAUCGCCAGACCUAGAAAUGUCAUAUACUUUUUGUGAUUCUACAGCUCAUGCUUUCACAUUUAAUGUGACACCUUGCAGUGUCACCAACAAAUCCAUCUGGAAGGCUGCUCUUACCUGGAUUCCAAGAGGUGACAUCACCUUUUUGAAGGUGGUCUUCAACGUCUGGUACGAGGGCUCGAACGUGCUGCACUGGCAGGAGACCCUCUGCAGCGGCGCCGACGACGAGUACUCCGUGUGCGGGGCGCUGAAGGGAGAAACAAUUGCAACAUCAUUUGACAUAAAAGGUGCAAGAAUAAAGUUUCCAAAGGGCAAUUAUAACAUUAUUUUACAAGGAUUCUCUGAUGAUUCUGAGAAUGACAAUGUCAUGUGCUUGAAUUUCACCAUGAUAGUAAAACAAGAUGCCUUCUGA